AUGCUUGCCUCCCCGGCCGUCUCUUCGUCCUCGCCGGCGACAGAGUCGUCGUGCUCGAGUGUCAGCAUCUUCCCCUCGGGCACACCGGCGUUCACCCCCAGCUCCCCCGCCUUUGAAGACCGCGUUCAUCCAGCGUCUCUGGAAGCUUGUGGCGAGCACGACCCAGCCCUUCUCGAGUUUAUUCGUUCAGAUGUCUCAAGGGAUCUUGUCGCCUUCAUCUCUCGCACCACCACCAGUGUCAUUCAGAGCUCCACUGCCAUUGACCUCUCCACCAUCGACAUGCGCGCCGCGGGCCUCCCCGGCCUGACAACCUUUGUGGCGGUCGUCUGUGACCAGUCCAAUGUCCAAGUGGCUACCCUGGUCGCCACCAUUGUCUACCUGGAACGUCUGCGUACCCGCCUGCCUCGUGUGGCCAAGGGUAUGUCUCCCCCUUUAUUGCAGCACUGA